UUUAGAUCUCUUAUUCUCGCUUUCUUUACCAUUUCUCCUCUCUUCUCAGUUUCACUGAGGAUUUGUCUUGCUGAAGAAGAAAUUUGCAGAAAACCCUUGCUUCUUCAUCUUUGCACAGCAAAGAUCUUGUUCUUUCUCUCGAUUUGAGUUUGUGGGAUUUUCAUACAGUAGUCGCGAAGAUGACCCAAGACGCCGAGAUGAAAGAGCUUCCUGCUCCAUUGUCGUCUUCUUCCUCUUCAGCUUCCCCCUCAACUCUACAGAAUUUGAAAGAGAUUGUGUCGCUCACUGAGACCGGUGCCUAUGCCCGGGAGGUUCGGCGCAUUGUUCGUGCCAUUCGUCUAACUAUGGCGUUGAGGCGGAAGUUGAAGGCUUCUGUCCUUUCUCAAUUUCUGAAUCUUGUUUUCCCCUCUGGGUCCGAGGUUCACACUAGGUUAUCGUCAUUUCUUCCAAAGGAGGAUGACUGCGAAAUGGAUGUUGACACCGCAACACAAGCUCCUGCCAAACACCCUUUGCCCGAGAUAGAGAUAUUUUGCUACUUAAUUGUGCUAAUAUUUUUGAUUGAUCAGAAGAAAUAUGACGAUGCUAAGGUUUGUGCCUCAGCAAGCAUUGCACGGCUUAAGAACCUUAAUAGGAGAACAGUCGACGUUUUAGCAUCCAGGCUCUACUUCUAUUACUCCCUCAGCUAUGAACUCACUGGUGAUCUUUCUGAAAUAAGGGGUAACCUCCUAGCCCUGCAUCGCAUUGCAACCUUGCGCCGUGAUGAAUUGGGUCAGGAAACCCUCCUUAACCUUCUACUUCGUAAUUACCUCCACUACAACCUCUAUGAUCAAGCAGAGAAGUUGAGGUCCAAGGCACCCCGGUUUGAAGCUCACUCAAAUCAGCAGUUCUGUAGGUACCUGUUUUACCUUGGCAAGAUCAGGACCAUUCAGCUGGAGUAUACAGAUGCAAAGGAGUCUCUUCUACAAGCUGCUCGGAAAGCACCCAUUGCAGCUCUUGGUUUUCGAGUGCAAUGCAACAAAUGGGCAAUCAUUGUUCGCUUGCUGCUAGGAGAAAUCCCGGAGAGGACCGUUUUCAUGCAGAAAGGCAUGGAGACAGCUCUGAGGCCAUACUUUGAACUUACAAAUGCUGUGAGAAUUGGCGACUUGGAGCUUUUCAGGACCGUUGCUGACAAGUUCUCGAGUACUUUCAGCUCAGAUCGAACCAACAACUUGAUCGUGAGGCUGCGACAUAAUGUCAUUAGGACUGGGCUUCGCAACAUUAGCAUUUCUUAUUCACGUAUUUCUCUGGUCGACAUUGCUAAAAAGCUUAGGUUGGACUCACCAAAUCCUGUUGCUGAUGCUGAGAGUAUUGUCUCCAAGGCAAUCCGAGAUGGAGCAAUUGAUGCAACAGUCGAUCAUGCAAACGGAUGGAUGGUAUCAAAGGAGACUGGCGAUAUUUACUCUACCAAUGAGCCUCAGAUUGCUUUCAACUCAAGGAUUGCGUUUUGCCUGAAUAUGCAUAAUGAUGCAGUUCGUGCCCUUCGGUUUCCACCAAAUUCACACAAGGAAAAAGAAAGCGCUGAGAAAAGGAGAGAAAGGCAACAGCAGGAGCAAGAACUUGCAAAACACAUAGCCGAAGAAGAUGAUGACGACUUUUAGCUGCUUAUUUAAUCUGGGGGAAAUGGUACGAAUCCUUGGUGCAUUAAUGAAAUAAUACAGUUUUAUUUAGAAUUUCUGGGGAGAAAUUUUUUGAUGCAUUGGUUCAGAUGGCCCUCACUGUUUUCUUUAUAAUCAAUUAUUUGUGUUUGUAAUGCCGGCUGCAACUCUUUUCACUUAUGGAAUGCCCUUGAGAUGUCUUAUACUUACCCUUCUCAA